CCGUGCAGGUAAGUGACAGCAGUGGUGGUUCAGGCCAUGCCGUAUGAACGUUGCGCACGAAACCAUGCCCACAGCAACUGAACUGGAUGCGAGUGUUUGACGGUGACACCCGCGAUUUUCUGAGCAUACUGUCGCACAACUUUGUGGCCGAUAUUUGGAAACACGUUACUGAAUCCACAAGCAUGAUGUUCAGACAGGCUCUGGAUGUGGAUAAAGUUAUAACGCAACUCCUGGCGGGCAGGAAGAAGACUGACAAACAGGUGAACUUAGCGGAAUGGCAGGUACGCCAGUUGUGCUUAGUGACCCGCAAGAUCUUCCUGGAGCAGCCAAUGCUGCUGGAGCUGGAGGCUCCAGUCAACAUCGUGGGAGAUAUUCACGGCCAGUAUGAGGACCUCCUAAGACACUUCGACAAGCUGGGGUACCCCCCGCAGUCCAACUACCUGUUCCUUGGUGACUACGUUGACAGGGGCAGGAAUUCCUUGGAGACAAUCUGUUUGCUACUGGCUUACAAGGUGAAAUAUCAAAAUAAUUUCUUUCUGCUGAGAGGCAACCAUGAAUGUGCGAGUAUCAACAGGGUGUACGGUUUCUAUGAGGAGUGCAAGAGAAGAUACAGCGUUAAGUUGUGGAAGACCUUCACCGACUUGUUCAACUGCCUUCCAGUAGCUGCACUAAUAGAAGGCACCAUAUUCUGUAUGCAUGGUGGGCUGUCACCUCAACUCACUGAUUUAAAUCAGAUCCGAGCCAUCCCAAGGCCCAUUGACGUUCCAGACUCUGGUCUUGUUUGUGAUCUGCUGUGGGGAGAUCCUGCAGAAGGAGUUCACGGAUGGGCACAGAAUGACCGUGGUGUGAGUUAUGUGUUUGGUAGUGAUAUUGUGCGCAGUUUCCUCCAGCGCCAUGACUGUUCGCUUAUAGUGCGUGCACAUCAGGUAGUGGAAGAUGGUUACCAGUUCUUUGCAGACCGUUCGAUGCUUACCUUAUUCUCAGCACCAAAUUACUGUGGCGAGUUUGACAAUGCUGGUGCUGUACUGGGUGUUUCUGAAGACCUCACAUGUUGGUUCAGUGUCCUCUUGCCAUCACGUAAGAAGAAAAUAUUCGUUAGAUUCAAGUGAGGAGAUUAAAGAUGACUAUUCCGGUUUCCAGUCUAAUGACAGGUACGGUUAUUUAAUAAUUUAAGGCAUUGUACAAGGUGGUCCAUAAAUCUCACCUCACUCAGCAUUAUGGAUACUUAGUUCUCAUGCACUUCUGUCUACCAGAGCGGUAUAAUUUGGCAAUGUGGAGAAAAUUGAGGAGCUACGGGCUCCAGUCUAGAACACCAAAAUUAAUGGUCAUGGAAAUCCACUGUGCUAACAAUGCGACAUUCUCUAUCUGCUAAAAGUUGGCAUCAACUUCACUGACAAGCAGCGGUCCCUCAGUCGGUAUAGUGCACCACUGAUAGGGAAAAUAAUUCAGCUUACUAUGAUGAGACCAAUCAUGCAUUGCAGCAGUAUAUUGUCCCCUAUGUGUCUUUGUCAGUCACAGUUUGUUACAGUCUGUUAUAUAUUUAUAUAAACUGACACUUUCUCUGUGACUUUAACCCUAAAGAAUAAGGCACUAGCUUCCUCCAGACACAUUGUGAUUGUUAGUUCUACCAUGAAUCAGGACUGCCAUAAACGUCUUAUUGAGCCUCAUAUGAUGUAGCCCACUUUCACUGUGUUGCAGCUGUUCCUUACUAACCAGUCAUGAACACAGAAUGGUUACAUGAAUGUGCAACCUUGUUCAUUCUCAUACUUCAUGUAUUAUAAUGAAAAGUACCCAUUAAUCACCUGGGAUAAGUAUGCUUUGCUCAUCAUUAGCUAAAACUGUAAAGAAGAAAUGACAAUCAAAUGAGGAAAUUAAAGUUAGCCAUGUUUUCAUGGCGGUGACUAUGAAGAUUACUGUCUUCUGAUAUGCAACAGCGAGUAUUUUGGUAGGUGAUCUAUGAUAAGCUGCUUCUUUAUCAGCUCUACCUUACAGUACGUUCUCCAAAAUACUGACUCUAUGGCAUAACUUCCCAGAAGACAGUGGUCUUCAUUUUACCCAUGUAACUUAGUAGGUUGGGGAAUAAGACUCUAAUUGCAUCCAAAAACCCCACUGCAGUAGUUACAAAUCAUUUUAAUGGCCAUGACUACUUAACACUUGCAGGCAUUUGGAGUGUAUUCCGUAUUGUGUUUUGGUGUUCUGUGUUAGGUCUGUGGUAGGAAACAGAACUGAGAAAUUAUAGUUGUAGGAAUUGUAAAUGAAGGGUGAUAUGAAUUUUUAUUCAGUGAAUUAAACAUAUAUAGGAAAUGAAUAGGCGAGGAUUAAAGAGAACCAGAGUAAAAUGAGAUUUAUGGUUCACCUUGUAGCAAGAGCACAUCAUAGCACAAACAGAAGAACUUAAGAACAUGCUUGUAUGUACCAGGAGGUAUAUGUCCAGUGAAGGAACACCAUAGCAAUAUACAAAGUUGGCCUUCCAUAAAAUAUUUAAUGAUUCAGUAGAGGCACUCAUGCAUUCAACUAACGCUGAAAUAUAAUGUAUGUACCUUAGUAGCACAACGGACAACCUGCUGGUUUUAAUUGGUGAUGGAGUGAUCAUUAUAUUUGUAUGUGUGGUGUGGAUAUUAAGUCUGGAAAAUACAUAUUUUAUUUUAUUUCUUCUUUGUUUAUUUAGUGAAGCCAUCAAUACAUUAGACUGUAGUGUCUAUUGAUAGAAUGACUUGUGAGUAAUGGAUUAAUGAUGUGCAAGGAAGCAAUAAGUGUCAGUUCAUGGAUGAGAUAAUUUGUUUGUGUGUGUGUGUGUGAGUGAUGCAGGAGGGGACAACAUUUUCAUGCAAUUCUCUGAAUGAGACAAAUGUGUGCAGCGCGUGCACUGAACUGAAUCAUAACUUUGUCAUUGUAAGAUUUGAACCAAAAAUAUGAAGAUUAUAGUCUUCUUGGAUGUGACUGUAUGUAGUUUGGUACAUAGGUACUAAUGUUCUGGACACAUCUGCUGCUUCCAUCUUCAGUGUAUAAGAAGGUUACAUGGCAUUACACACCAGAAGACUGUAAUCUUAAUAUUUACUGCUGUGAGAACCUCAGGGCUUGUAAAAAUGUAUUCUGUAAAGAUUUAUAUUGGGUUUAUGGCUAAAUUCCCUGCACUGUUUUUAUGUUACUCUUUAUAAAGAUAUCUGGUUACUCAAAAGAAAGGAAACAAAACUCAAAACUUAGCUAGUGUUUGGUAACGACAUCAUCAUGGUUAUAUAGCCAUGACCCAGUAUCUAGAGCACUUUUUAUGAAAAUGCUGAUGUAAUACAUGACGCUGAGAUUAGAAUAGAGAUGGAAGAACCUUCAAAGGGAUAAGUGGUAUUAAGAGCAGAAAUAUAUUUAUUUAUUUAUGUAUGUAUAUGUUGGUUGUUGUCAUGAAUAGUCAGAAAGCAUUACUAUGAGACAGUGACAUCUGCAGGACAGCUGUAUGUCCAUAUGUGUUAUAUGGUGUCUCAAGUGAUGGAAAGUAAUUCUUGACACCAAGUUUAUGUGGCUAGUGCCGAGUUAAAGAUGACUUCUACUCACAAGCCUCCAAAUGAUGUGAUUCUUAAACUGCACCAUGCCAACAGUGGGCGUGUUCAUUUAUUGCCAGCCGUUUCCAGUACCCAGGUUACCAUUCAGCUUACAUCACUGCCAUUUGUUCGUUCUGUUCUUCAUCCCUAAACUCCAUUCCGUGUUCACUGACAUUUCUUUCCACAGGUGGCUUAUUCUUUUGCCAUGAAAAUGAAGGAAGCAGGUUCCUAGUAAUUAUUUAUCAAACUACAUGGCGUCACAUUUUAGAAAACAGUAAUAUUUUAAACAUUACUUACUUUAGUCUUUGUUUAGUCUGAUUGCUACACAUGAAUAAUACAAAAUAAAUAUUGCAACUGGGUGUUGAAAAUUGAAUCACAGAACUAGAACUAGCUCCAACAAUGGUAAGAGAUUUUUCUUACCUGCAUGCAGUUUUUCAGAUGAUCAGUCUCAAAUUUCCAUGCUGGUAACCACAAGUAUUGAUAAGUGUUGAGGAUAAAAGUGUUUCAAAAGGUUCAAGCACAAUGGAACCCCCAUUUAAUUGUCCUUGAUGUAACAUUUUCUCUCUCUUUUAACAUUCAGUUUCCAUGAUCCUGAAUCAAUAAUCUCAGUGUUAAAUUACCUCCGUUUAUAAAGCUUCUCUGAAUAGCUUUCAAAUUCUCUGCUGCCCACAGAAAUCUGAAAUAGGGGCUUCACUCUAUUUUAUAUUAAAUACAUUUGUCAUUACAUAAUACAGUAAAUACAGUAGUGACAUCUAUGUUAAACAGCACAUAUCAAUGACUGCUUGUAGUUAUUCAUUGCUUUAUAAUAUACAUUUGAUAAUUUUUAGUUCUUAAUUGAUAAAUGAAUAAGUAGUAAGGUCAAUCAAUUUAACAGAUUUAUAGGAGAAUACAGUACGUAAAAGUUGGCCUUCACAUGCUUCCGCCACUGCUGGCCAUCGUUAUAUGCAUGGCCAACACUAUAAAGAAAUACUUAUGUCUGUGUUUGAACAUAAGUUCUCAUAAAGGGAUUUCUGCUAGCAUUAGAUAUUGGGAAUGGCUCAAGAUGUCUCAUGUAAAAGUUCAGUUUGUAUUUUGAGAAAAUGGUGCCCUGAAAAUAGAAGCAAACCUUAUGAAUGUUAUGUUGUUCAUUGAGAAAUGUUUGAAAGAAUAUAGCGUUGAUUUUAAAGAACUAGAAAUUUGUCAACUGUUCCCUUUGAACAUAUCAUAUUCAUUACAGUAUGUAUGCAAUCAGGAAAAAAGGAUAAGAAAUUGUUUGUAAGAAUAUAGCGAGUUGUUUAAACAUAAGUGUCUUUCUGAUGCCUUAAGCAGGUGACAGAACAGAACUAACAUAAUGAUAUUUCACAUGGUCAAAGUGAUAUUACUUUUACUUUUGCAUUUACAAAUGCACCAUUUAACCCAGAACCUGAACUAAGGAAUCAUGUUUCGAUUCCAGGCAACAUCUGAGUUUUCUCUAAGUGUCCAGACCAGUUCUGGGGCCCACUCAAUUUCCUAUUCAGUGAAUACUGAGGUACCUUUCCCUGGAGUUAAAGUGACCUACAUUUAAGUUCCGGAAUGUAUCAUAACCAAUUUGAAGUUGUGUUCUGUUAUCUCACAAGUUAUAUGUAUAAGAAUAUUCUUUCCUUCAGUCAAGAAUUGUGUAAGUUUUUGAGAGAAAUAUUUUUCACAGUUGUUAUAGACAGUGUCAUGUAACUUCGAACAAGGCACCGCAUUCCUUAGACAUAAGGCUGCAGCCUUGCUUCUGCAGACUGUGUUAUCAUAUCAUAUCAUAGUUGGGAUCCAUUAGGAUUGAGCAAGAAAUAAAAGCCUGUCAGAGAUACCUUGAGCAUAUGCAGAGCAAUUCUGAGGUUGGAUCAUCAGUUAUAGUAUGAAUAAGUAUUGUACAAGAAUCUGGUCUGUAUCCAGAUAUAAGGUGUUUCAUUUGAAUCUUCAGAUUUAUUUUUCCCUGAAUUCCCUGAAUAACUUAUGUAAUGUGUCCCUUACAUUCAGUAAUUUUGCUCCUUUAAUAGUUUAAAACAUUUGUAUUAAAAUUUAUUUACAUAACUCAUUGCUGUAUUAUUUAACCCCUUGGAAGACUGCAGUUGCUAAACAUAUCACCUACUUUAACAAUGAAAUAGUCUGCACCUUGUACACAUAGUGUAUUUAUGGGUUUUUAUAUGAAUCUCAGAAUAAACUGAUUAUUUACUCAACAUUAAUUGAUCAAGUCUACUUAAUGAAGAUGCAGUAUGUUCUCUGUGCAGUAGGAACUUCAUUUUUAAAUAUUAAUUAGAUAACCUCUGUGUAUCACAUGGAUGAAAUCUCUGUAUAGUGAAACAAUUGGACCAGUAAUAUUUCACACACUGUACUUUGGUAAAGUGUGACUGGAAACAUUUUAGAUUUACAUUUCACUAUGUCAAAUGUCACAUAUGGGUUAAAGUUGAAUGUGGGUUGGGAAAAAAUAGAUCCUAUUCAUGCCCAUUAUGGCUUCUUGACCAUGUAAUUUCCUCUGAGGCCAGUGGAUUUCUAAACAGUUGCCACAUAUUGUCCAUAGGUUGUAGCUUGCCAUCCCUGAAAUGUAUGACGGUAGGAAGUGAAUUAAUACAAGAAGUUCCUUCUUGCUAAAAAUGUGUUUCACUCUUGUGUGUUGUACAGAGGGCGAGUGGGAUCUGUUUUAUUGUUUUGAUAAUUGUAUAUUUGUUGUUCUUGCAGUUGUUCAUUAUAUCAUUCUGUU